AUGCGGCAAUUGCGGCACCACGAGCAAAAACUGCUGAAGAAGGUCGAUUUCCUGCAAUGGAAGAGUGACCAGAACAUCCGAGAAAUCAAAAUAUUGCGGCGCUACCACAUCCAGGAUCGGGAGGACUAUGUCAAGUAUAACAAAAUUUGUGGGCAUAUCACCAAGUUGACGGCUAAGCUGAAGGAUCUGAAACCGGAGGAUGAGUUCCGGAUCAAGAUGACAGAUGAUCUCCUGUCGAAGCUCUACAACAUGGGCUUAAUCCCGACAAAGAAGUCCUUGAGCCAGUGCGAGACCCUGGCCGCCUCUGCCUUUUGCCGUCGCCGCUUGCCGGUGGUGAUGGUGCGGAUGAAGAUGGCGGAGACAUUAAAGGAGGCGGUUACUUUCAUCGAACAGGGCCACGUCCGGGUCGGCCCCACAGUUGUCACCGACCCGACCUUCCUUGUGACCCGGAGCCAAGAGGAUUUCCUGACGUGGGUGGAUAGCUCCAAGAUCAAGCGGGCCGUGGUGGCGUACAACGACAAAUUGGACGACUUUGACCUGCUGGGAAAUUGAGACAUUAAAUGCCGUCGCGGGGCCAUGAUUGUGGGUGGUUGGGGGCUUUCGGGGUGGGGAGAAGUGGGAUCUGGCGGGCUGCGUCCAGGAGGGGCGCCGGGGGAAGGAGGCAUUACUACAAGGAGGAGGUAGAGACUGGCGCCUAGACAGCACAGAAUGAGGUCCCUGUGGAUUCUUUUCUUUGGAUCGGCCCACUUCCACUCGUUUCACAAUGCUCCGGGGGGGUUGUGUAAGGGGGAAUACGUGGCGGGCGCGCUGCUGUUUGUGCAUAAAUUGUGUGAGCCUGGAAAGUAAAUAUUUAAAAAAUGUAUCCAACCGAAAGCGC